CCGCGCGCGGCCGAUUCGCUCGGUUCCGUGGCGAAUCUGCGGGGCCCGGCCCGGGACGGGCCCUCCUCGUGCGCGCGCGCGCGCCUGGCGAAUCUGCGGGGCCGGCGCGGGGGCGGUGACUGAGCCACAGGAGGUGGAACAUGGCUGGACAAAUAUCAGAGGCUGAUCAGAUCAAGCAGUUCAAGGAGUUUCUUGGCACAUACAAUAAACUUACAGAAAACUGCUUUGUGGAUUGCAUAAAGGAUUUCACUAGCAGAGAUGUGAAACCAGAAGAGAUAACUUGCUCAGAAAACUGCCUGCAGAAGUAUCUGAAGAUGACACAGAGGAUCUCCAUGAGAUUCCAGGAGUACCACAUCCAGCAGAACGAGGCUCUGGCAGCCAAGGCAGGACUGCUCAGCCAACCUCGCUAGAGCAGAGCGCUGUGCUCAGACUUAAGCUGUGCCAAGAACACACUGGGGGAUUCCUACUGUCAGGAUGUGUGUCCAGCAGCUCAGAGCAGAGCUGUGGGUGCUGCUCAGGCAGAAGGGUUAAACGGGAGCUCAGUCCUGGUGGCCUGGCAGUGGAGUUUGUUUCCACAAGGGAAUGAUGCAGACACAACUUUUCCCGGGGCCUGGUGUCUGAAUUUCAGGGGUGGUGGGAGGGCUCACCUGCCUUUUGCUGAGACUGGUUGAGAUGAAUCAAUGUAACAUGGGGAAUACACUUUUUUAUUUAAUUCAAAUAAAAUCAGCUGGAGCCAUA